UAAAAUAAAUGCAUGUAAAUAAUAUUACGUUGUGACUGGUAUCCAGAUAAGCCAAGGUCAAGAUGGGUGCGUCGAUGGAAGUGGAGCCGUGCGUCAAGGGCUCCGUCGCGGGCCAUGUCUCGAUGGACGCCUUCCGUAUGGUCCAGGGCUUGUCCCAACUUGCCAACUUGCCUGAACCCCCUAAAGACGCCAUUCAGAUGCUCCUCUCCAGCGUCCAAUUCGACCAAACUGACCAACCUGGGUCAGCCAGCGGUCAUGCCUCAGAAAAACUAAAUGGGAAACGUAAAAGUCCCAAAAAAGGAGAGAACACUUUUUGUUGUGAGCGUUGCUCUCGAACUUACGCCAGCAAAUGGAGUUUAAAAAGACACGUUGAUAAAGCACAUCCGGUUAAACGCAGAAGGCUCGUGAUGACUGCAGUUCUUGAAUGCGAAGAGUGUGAUUUCAUGUGCGCCUCUCAAGCGGCACUUGAAACGCACUUGAAAAGGCAUAACUCUACACAAAAAACAAAGUCCCCGAGAUCUAAGUGCGUUUUUUGUGACAAAGUAUGCGUAGCCAUUUACGAUCAUUACACUAGAAAACAUAACAUAGAAUAUCCAGAACAAGUAAUGUUUGACAACGGGAAUGUGCUGGUCCAUUCGUCAAUUAACACAGACAAAGGGAAGGCUCCGUGGUUUUUGAAAGAAAAAGAAAAAAUGAAUCGGUACACGGACGUCACCUGCCGUUUAUGCGAAGUGGAACCUCGGUUCAAUAAUCGAGAGAUUUUGGAAAGCCAUUAUGAGAUGAACCAUAUGGUUGAUCCGAAUAUGUUAGAGAACCUUAACCACGUAUUUAGGGCAGAGAAAGGGGCUCAUUUGAUCGAUUUGCCUGCAUCGCAGUCCCCAAAACGCAGGCAGUCCGAUAUAAGAACUCCAAUCAAAAAGAAAGUGUCCAUCGCAGGGAAUGAAGAUAAGCAUGGCAGCAAAGUUAACUCUGAAAGAAAUAACCAAGCGAGCAAACCCAAACAGAGUAGUGGAUUUCCUUGCCAAGAAUGCGAUCUAGUUUAUACCACAGAAGCGCUUUUAAAUACACAUCAAAAGGAAACUCAUGCUCCUAAAACAGAAAACAAGACAAAACAUGAAAAGUACCAAUGUUGUUUAUGUUAUAAAUAUAUUGUAGGCCUUUAUAAACACUACGGGAAUGUACACAACAUUGAUAAUCCUGAACAAAUUCUGUUUAACAACGGUCGCGUUCUGGUGCGUACUGAUAUUGACACCAAAUGUGGGCAGGCCCCUUGGUUUAUAAGUCAAAAAGAAAAGGCGGAGAAUAAAUACACGCCGAACACUUGUAGAUUGUGCGAGGCUGAUUUUUCUGGCGCCGGCGUAAGCCUGGAUAGACAUUACUUGAAAGGACAUAAAGUUGAUCAGGAUGCGUUGAAAAGGCUUGAUAACCUUCGGUGCAUGUUCAGAGCUGACAAUGGGGCACAUUUGGCUGAUUUACCCACGAGCACUACGAAGGCAAAGCCCCAGCGGAGAGCUUCAUCGUUCCACAGCACAUCUCGCCGAGGAAACUCUGAAAGCAAAUUCAAAUCUGGACCUAACGCUGAACGUGAUUCUAAAGCAGGGGAGAGUGAGCAAAAUGUGUCUGGACUGAUCAUAUAUCAGUGCGCGGAAUGCGGGGUAGCCGCGACCACGUGCGAUGCCUCCAUCGAGCACGCUCAGCUCCACCACUUUCCUAGCUACACGCCCAUACCACAGACCUGCGCUGUCUGCAAAUUCUCCUUCGAAGCUCAAUGCUUCGCCGACCACUCCUCGAACCAUUUAAACAACAAUGAGUACAAAAUAGUAAAGUUCCAUCCUUCUAAAUUGCUGGACAAUUGGUCUGACAUGUUUGAAGGCUUGUCCGAAUCUCAUGCGGACAGAAUUAAGUCUUCCAGUACUUAUCAGCACACCAGAAGGGUUAAAAUGAACUCGAGUGCGGCUUCAGGAAUACCUCUGUAUCAAUGCGGUAAAUGUGAGCUGUACGUUCGACCGAAAGACGUUGAAGGGCACUGUUAUAAUAAGAUUUGUUUGGAAAAUCAAACUCCCGGACACUUUUGUUCGGAUUGCGAUAUAUACUUCUUCACUUCCGUAGCUCUGACGGAACAUGAGAAAGACCAUAAAGACUAUGGACCCGAGUUUUUUAGAACAGUCACUUUCAACUGUAUGGUGGAUGAACCUAUAAACAGAGCUUUGCAAAACAUCCAAAACAACUCAAUUUCUAAGGAAACUUCUCAUGACAUUACAGAAACACAGCAGAGGAAUAGGGGGAAAGAGAUUAAAAUCCUCGAAAAUUCUGUGGUCAGUGUCUUUUGUGAUUAUUGUAGAAAAUCGAUCAUACAUUCAGAGUUUGAGGCUCAUGCAGCCACUCACAAUCAAAGCGCAGAUAGUUCACAAUGUGAAGAGAAUCAGAUGACCGAAGAAGAACCAAAUAGUGUAGAAUCUAACAUUACAGGACAUAAUUCUGGAGAAGUUAUCCCUCAAACUGACGUCAACGAUAAAGAGAAUCAGGAGACCGAAGUGGCACAAGAGCGAAAUACUGUUGAAGGUCACUCUGGAGACAUUACCCGUCAAAGUGACGUAAACGAUACAGUGACCAACGGAGGAGGUACAGUGGAGCCAUGGAAUAGCGACACAGACUCGUGCAACAGCCUCCUACUCCCCGUCUCAUCGUUUGAUGUUCGCGUAGAGGUUCAUGUACAGAAACAAGAAGAUAACGAUACUAACAAUUAUGAACUCCAAGAUAUUUUAGAUGAGUUUAGUGAGGAAAUGGCAAAUGAUUUAAAACACGAUAUACAACUUCUGAGACUUAAGUUAUUCGGCAUGACUUAUAUACCAGAUGAAAACAUAAAUAAUGAAGAUUUGCUAGAUGCAAAGAGUGAAACAACGGAACGUGGAGAAACAGGUGACGAUAAUCGAGAUCAGGACGACAUUAAUGAUAAAGAUGAAUUGAUUGAAACAACUGGAAAUCAAAUUGAAAAUGAAAUAAAUUCCAAUAACAAUAAAACGAAUGAUGCAAAUGAAAAUGCAAAAGAUUCGAAUGAUAAUGAUGAUAUCAUCAUUGAAAUAAUUGAUGAUAGUGAUAGUGAUGAUGAAAUAGAAUUUCAAGCUGAACAUCAAGAAUCAGGUGCUAAACCUUCGUCAAGGGACAUUUUAACUAGAAUGUUGUCCAAAGAAGAAUAA